CAUGCUUCCAUGCUUCCUCAUGCGACACAACUUGGAGGCUCCGUUGUGCCAAGAGAGCGCAACGUCGUGGGCGACCGCCUCGCUACACCGGUAGCGGCGCCCCCAAACAGCUCCCGGGGCCCCGGUGCCGCGGUGGCCGCGGCAACCGCAGCGACCGCCGUGUCGGCCCUGCGGCCGAAACGGCGCCGGGACCGCCGGGACCGGGCGUGGCGUCGCAGCGUGGCGACGACGAACGAGACGAAUGCCUCGGUGACGUCCUCCGCGUCAGCGUCCAGAUUUUCCACCAAGGAGUCAGUGAUUGUCACUGACCUCAUUGCGCAGAGUUUCAUCAAGAUCUUUAACAAUGCUUUUUUAAACACCAUUGAACGGGUGAGGCAACCGCAUUUGAUCAACGUGCUGAAAAACUUGAAGACCUUCGCGGCUCGUGUGCCACCGAAAUAUCGUGGCAGUAUCGAGAAAGCCUUGAGGACGGAGGGCUUCCUGUCUUUUCUGUUGUCGAGAGCUGCGGUGAGCUUGCUUUGCGCCAAGGCCACCUUGCGCCCCUCGCAGACCAAGCUGGGGCGCGAGCACGAGGAGUUGGCCACCGUGGUGGAGGAGUUGUACAUUGCGGCCUUGUUACAUGCAGAAGAUCAGUGGGACUUGGAAUUGAAAGCCGAUGGGAAGACCUUCAUGGCAGUGGCUGCAUCUUUUGUGAAGCACUUGGCGGAUCCUGCACCCUUGAAGACUGCCAACAUCCAGGCUGCUCUCCUGGGGCUGGACGCCAAUCCGCUCAUUUGGACGCGCUAUGGGCUCGACCUGUUGGGCAUCUCCUUGAACAGUAUCUCCAUCGGAGGUUAUGACACCGCGGCACAGACAGAGCCCAAGGAUCGCCGAAAGGUGUCUCUGCUAGGUGGUGAUUCGCUCUACGCCACGGCUCAAUGGGCCAUGGCCAAGCUGGACUCGCGCGCGUGUCGCAAGCUGGUUGCCGACACCAUUGCCUCAUAUAGUGAUGGGCAGCUGCGGAAACGCGAGUUGCUUUGGAAUUUGGACCUGACUGUGAAGCAGUACCUGGAGAUUGAGAAGGUCGCCGGUGUGGCGGCCUUCUUCGGCGCCUCCACCGCCUGCGCAGCCUUCGUGAACAAAGUGAGCGACGGCAUCGCGCAGCAACUGGCGGAGUUUGGGGCAGAUCUGGGGUUGGUGGUGUCGCUACUCAAGGAUGUCCGAACCGUGGGCAUGCAGACAGCGUUGAAGUUGGGACGCAUUUCGGCUCCGAUCAUCUUUGCCAUGCAGAGGGAUCAGCGACUCAAGGAGUUGCUUGCCACGCGUUUGACCAACAAGGAGGAUUUCGAAGAAGCAUUGCGGCGAGUGAAGGAGUAUGGCAUGAUGCCGACCAUUCAUUUAGUGAACAAACUUGGCGCCCGAGCCGCGGCGCGUUUGGAGUGCCUGGAGGAGAGCGAGGAGAAGGAAGCGCUGUUAACCUUGGUCCGGGGCGUGGCCUGUCUGCACCUGAUGGAGGAUGGCAACGUGUCCUCCGACGACCUGUCCUCGGAGGACUUCGGUGAUCCUGAGAGUCGCGUCUUCGAUAUGAAGGUGGCCAACUUGAGGCUUCGGGCUCAGUUGCAACGAGUGCAUAGUAGCGAACAACGCUCCAAGAACAGGUUGGAGUCCAUUCAGGCCAUUGCACGAGGGGAUGAUGUCACCUUAUCCUCGCGUCGUCGUACGCCAAAGGGCCUGGGCCUGGAGUUUGAUUCGGAGGAGGUGGAGUGGCUGAUCCUGAGAGGCUUGGAGCGGAGGACGCCGUUGCCGCAGCAGUUGGACUUGAACCACCUGCUCUCCUGUGUGACGGAGGGUCGAGACGAAGUUCAGAAACGCCUUCUGGCACUCAGAGAAGCUGCUCAAAGCACCAAGCUGAAGAAUGCCAUCACGGAAGUGUUUAGCAGUGGUGGCAAGAGACUGCGACCUGCCCUGUGUUUGCUGGUGCAUUCCAUGCUGAAGACCGAGGGUUCUGCUGAUGCUGAUGCUGCUUACGAAAAAGUGAUCGUCCUGGCCACUUCCAUUGAGAUCAUUCACACCGCAUCCUUGGUGCACGAUGACAUUUUGGAUGAUGCGGAUCAGCGACGCCAGCAGCAGACCAUGCACCGGAUCUUCGGUCCUGAUGUGGCGGUGUUGAGUGGCGACUUUCUCUUUGCCCAUGCCUCUGGGCUCAUCGAAUCCCUCGAGGAUGAUGAUGUCACACGAUUGGUUUCCUUGGUCAUUGAAGAGUUCGGCUAUGGAGAGCUCUCACAAAGCGCCAAGCGCUUUGACGCCUCUGUGUCGCUCUUCAACUACCUGAAGAAGAGUUUUUACAAAACUGCCUCCUUGUUGGCUGCCGCGUGCAGAGCUUCAGCCGUUCUGACGGGCCUCCGCUGUGAAGUCUGCGACGUCCUCUACACGUAUGGCUUCUACUUGGGCUUAGCCUUUCAGAUUGCCGACGAUGUCUUGGACUUCACCGGCGGUGAGGAGUUAGGCAAACCCAUCGGCCAAGACCUCGCUGAAGGCAAUCUGACAGCGCCUGUCAUCCUGUGCUUGCAAGGCAGCGAGGAGUUGGGCUUGGCAGCCUCAGUGGACAGCAGCGAGCUAGCAAGGUUGAUCCAAAGACGCUUCUCGGGCCAUGGAGAUUUAGAGCGGUCCCUGCAGAUCAUCAAUGAGAGUGGCGGCGUGGACCGAGCCUACGCCUUGGCAGAGAAGAUGGCCAACAAGGCUUUGGAGGCCUUAACCUUGGUCGCGCCCACCGAGUCGGAGGCCCGCCGCGCCCUGGCCGGGCUCUGUAGGUGGGCUGUGAGACGCUCGAACUGAUGUGGAGCGCGCUCCCUGAUGCAUGUGAUUUGCGGUUGCCGCUGCGGGCACUGGCAAUAUGUCGACCUUCCAGCCAGG